UGUGUCACCAUUAUAGCCAAAAAAAAUUCGAUCCUCUGCUUGCUUUUCUUGCACCGACUAUUUCUAUCUCUACCCCAUGUUUCGUAAGCUCUUCUGUGCUGCGGCCCAAUCCAAUCUUCACCAUCGUCACUUUCUUCCAAUUUCCCACUCAAACUUUCAGAAAGCCUUCAUUCCCGCCGAUCUCAUUCCUAAUUUGGUCACUGAAUCUUGCUUCGUCGCGAGAUCUCAGAAUAUCAGACCCUUCCCGCGAUUAUCUUCUUCCUAUUCCCGAAUGAGUGAUUCCCGCCGGCCGUUCUCGGUUCCCAUUACUGCCGUCAACGAGGCCAAUAAGUCUGAGCUACUUCGUGCUCUCGAAACAUCGCUGGGUUCGUCGUUCAGCUCAGAGCCUCUGAUCCCAAAUCCAAAGCCAUUGAUAAUAGUAAUUAGCGGGCCAAGUGGUGUUGGAAAGGACGCAGUGAUCAAGAAACUUAGGGAAACUCGGGAGGGUCUUCAUUUUGUGGUCACUGCAACGAGUCGAGCGAAACGACCGGGUGAAGUUGAUGGAAAAGAUUAUUUCUUUGUGAGUAAAGAGGAAUUUGAAUCCAUGGUUAAGAGGGACGAGCUUCUGGAGUACGCGCUUGUGUAUGGAGAUUAUAAAGGCAUUCCAAAACAGCAAAUUCGGGAAUACAUGGGUAAAGGGUAUGAUAUUGUUUUGAGGGUGGAUAUUCAAGGGGCUCAAACAUUGAGAAAAAUUCUUGGUAAUUCGGCAGUUUUCAUUUUCCUUGUGGCUGAGAGUGAAAUGGCAAUGGUGGAAAGACUGGUUGAUAGAAAGACUGAAACUUUAGAGUCGCUGCUUGUGAGGAUUGCUACGGCUAGGGAGGAAGUGAAGCAUCUUAAGAAUUUUGAUUAUGUGGUUGUGAAUGCUAAAGGGAAGCUUGAAAAUGCAGUAACAUUAGUGAGUUCCAUUAUUGAUGCUGAGAAAGCGAAGGUCUGUCAAAGGAGUGCUGUGGUAUAGGUCAUUGGCGGUUAUGAUUGAGGUUUUUUAAGGGGCGCCAUAGAUUGUUAACUGCUUUUUCAGAUACUUAAUCAAUUGUUGUCAUUGCGUUCGCAGCAAAUAAGAGCUGACUAUUUAAUUUUUCAGUUUCUGUGAAUCUCUUAAUUUGUACUUACUUUGAUGAGUUAAUGUAGUUUCAAUUUUUGUGGGUAUAAGCAAUUUCGGGAAUACAAGGUCUUGCACAAAGAUUGUCUAGUGCUUUGGCAAGCACAUAGUGAAGUGAAUUGGCAAAUCUAGCACGGAUGAGUUGGUGAGAUGUGUUUUGACAAAGUAGUAUCUGGGCUUUGAUUUAUACAAAAGGAUUCGCACUCAGUUUAAGCUAUUACAACAAUGGCCUUAGCUAAGACGUUAAAAAUAUUGGAUCCUUUGCAAUUAGGCAGUCAUGUAUUACAAGGGAGCAACAGGAAAUAAUAUAUCCAAGUAUCUGUUUCUUUUCUCCCCUUUA